UGUUCCCCUCCCCGGGGCUGAGCAGUAGUGGGCAGAAUGAGAGGAGAUGGGGCAGUUUUUCCGCGUAUCUAAUGGAAGAUAGAUCUCAUGAUCUCCUCUUUUCCUUAGAGGUCAGUUAGAGUCAGGGCCAGAAUCCUGUGCUUGUGUUUCUCGCUUUCUGCGGGUGGCGGCAGGUGCUGGAGGAGCUGGGAGGUAAUGCUGAGGAGUCCUAACGCGACUGCAACACUCUCAGGUCCUAGGGCUUCUGCCCUGGGACGCCACUGCCACGGAGUCUACGCCCUGCCUGCUUCGCUGCAGCCACUGGGAGCUGGCACGCGGGAGCGUUUGUCAAGGUUGGAGACGUCUGAAAUUGGAGAGCGCGCCCCCCUCCCUGCUCCAAGUGAGCCUGUGCGGGAGGCACAAUUGUGUGUGACGGCGUGAUCCGCUGCACUUCGGGUGGCAGUUCCCAGCCACACUGAACUCCCCCAUUCCGCGUCCGCAGCACAAGUGCCUCAUUUGCCUUUCGCCGCCACCCACAGCUUGUGCAUGGUCUAGUUCUGCCCUGUUGUGGUACGGUUUCCUUUCACCAAGGACCGCUGGAGGCAGCUCUCAAUUUUCCCCGACGAGCCGCGGUCCCGACAGUUUCUAAGGAGCCUAGGGCACUGACUCCAGUGGAGGCGGAGGGCGGGGAGAGAAGACUGCAACUUUGGGAUUGGCCCGGCCGGGUGCAUGUGGCCCCCUGCGAACAUCCCCCGCCUUCGCCCCGCAACCACCGCAGCAUUCCCAGGGGAGCGCGGAGGAGGAGCCGCUCCCCAACUUUACGGCCCACAAAGGGGUGGGGGUCAGGGGCGGUCUCCCCAGCCCGAUCUGUCUCUGCCCUGACGGUGCAGCACGCUUCUUGGACAGCGAUUGCCAUGGAGGCCCCCGAGGCUAUAAAGCCAGGUAUCCAGGCGGCCGGCUGCUCCCGCGCCGUUGAACCCCCUAAGUAAGAAGCUAGCGCCCCGGCGUGGCCCGGCCCCCGCAAGAGGGGAGGAGGCGGAGGAACGGCGCCAGCAGCUUGAGGAGCGGCGCGCCCCGCCUGGGUUGGAGGCAGGCACGCACGGCGGGCGCCACCGUCUCAGCAGGGGAGCGGGGGCUGCCCGGUGUGCGGGUGAGUGGCGUGGCUCCAAGCCACAAGGGACCAAGGGGGCGUCGGACAUCGUAACAACGUCAGGAGACUCAGGAGGGUACCAAGCUUGGGCUUUUGUCUAGUGGUGGACCAGGAGAGGACCCCGGAGUAGCGAGCAACCCACACCUCCAGGGGGGAAACCUGGAGAGGGAGCAGCGAGACGCCAGGCGUUUGGCUCAAGAGCUGCCCGAGCCGCUGAUAUAUCGGGAUAGGAACCUCGGGACCUCAGCCUCAGCAGCCCACGCGCGGAGGAAGCGGUACCGGAGCGCGGGCUGGGGCUGUAGCCCCGCGGGGAGCGGGAACAGGGGCGCCCCCGUGCGGACUUGCCGGGCCGCCCCGGCGCGGCGGUCGAGAUCAUGCUUAAGCCCAAGGACUUAUGUCCCCGAGCGGGUACGCGCACCUUCCUGGAGGCCAUGCAGGCGGGCAAAGUGCACUUGGCCCGUUUCGUGCUGGACGCACUGGACCGCAGCAUCAUCGACUGCCGCGCAGAACAGGGUCGCACGCCGCUUAUGGUGGCCGUGGGGCUGCCAGAUCCCGCGAUGCGCGCGCGCUUCGUGCGACUACUGCUUGAGCAGGGUGCGGCGGUGAACCUGCGGGAUGAGCGCGGACGCACGGCACUCAGCCUGGCAUGUGAGCGAGGCCACCUGGACGCCGUGCAGCUGCUGGUACAGUUCAGCGGCGACCCCGAGGCAGCCGACUCAGCAGGCAACAGCCCUGUGAUGUGGGCGGCGGCGUGCGGCCACGGGGCUGUGCUUGAGUUCCUGGUGCGCUCCUUCCGCCGCCUCGGCCUUCGCCUCGACCGCACCAAUCGUGCGGGCCUCACAGCCCUACAGCUGGCCGCAGCCCGUGGCCAUGGGACCUGUGUGCAGGCCCUCACCGGGCCCUGGGGCCGAGCCGCAGCCGCCGCAGCGGCCCGGGGCUCCAACUCCGACAGUCCCCCUGGCCGCCCGGCCCCCGAACCCAGCCCAGAGCGUCGACGACCCAGCCCCCGCCGCCUACCGCGGCCUCUACUGGCGCGCUUUGCGAGAGCGGCGGGCGGCCACGGCCACGGUCACGGCCACGGCCAUGGUGGUGAGCCUGGCUCAACAGGCAAGGGCUCGGGCCGGCACCGGGCACAGGGCAGCGAGCGGCCGGAGCUGGGCCGGAGCAUGAGCCUGGCCCUGGGUGCCAUGACCGAGGAGGAGGCAGCACGUCUACGGGCGGGGGCCCUGAUGGCCCUACCAAACUCACCCCAGUCUUCGGGGGCUGGGAGGUGGCGCUCACAUGAGGUGCUGGAGGGAGCGCCCCCAACCUUAGUGCAAGCCCCCAUUGGCCUUAGUCCCCACCCGGAGGGCGGCACCGGCUCUGGCCGCUUGGGUUUGCGACGACGUUCCACAGCUCCAGACAUCCCUAGCCUGGUCGGGGAGGCUUCAGGGCCUGAUAGUGGUCCGGAGUUAGAGGCCAACGCUCUGCCCCACUCGGUGCCUGGGCCGAAGCCUUGGCAAGGGGGCUCAGAGGCUGUGGUGGUGCAGGCUCAGCGAUAAAGAUGAAGGACUAAGCCCUGCUCCCCUAAUCUCUUGUCUGCUCCACUGGGAUUUCUCCCUUUUAUCCAGGUCCCUUACUUUCCAGCAGCCUGUUCCUGGAGUCCCCCCCCCCCCAUCUGAAAACCUGUCCCCACUGCCAAGGCAAGACUUUCAUCAGAAGGAAGGGACCCCUCGUUUGUGCUCUUUGGUAUUCCUUGUCUAGAUCUCUCACCUUUCCUACUACCUGCCUUUUCUAUUAUCAGAAGGUGAGAUAUGGAAGACUGGUUCAUAGCUUCAGUCUUCUUCCAGGAAGGUGGACCCUCACUCUAACCCCAAAGAUUCAGUCUGCCUAGGUUUCUGCCGGGUCCCUUUCCCCUGGUGAGUUUCUCAAUACCCUGGUAACCAGGCAAAUGUCAAAAUUGGCUUUGGAGAACCAAGGCCUAGCCCUCUUUGCCUACUGAUGCUGAGGAUAAUGUGAAAGCUACCAAAAUCUCCAUUCCUCCUAAAUUAGGGAAGGGGGAGGCCCCAGGGCCUCCAGAGUCUUUAUGGACACAAGGCUGAUUAAGAUCUGGCUCUUUAAGAUUUUCUGGGAUAGAAAUUCCUGCAUCUUUACAAAGCAGUUUUUUUUUUUUUUAAGGGGGGACAAGAGCACCUCUGAUAUUAGUCACCACUUGUCCCCUGAGCCAGUUUCUAGGUAACAAACUCCCUCUGCCUCUGUCCUAGGCAGACCUGGGAUUCAACUUCUUUCACGGUUUAGGGUAACUGUCCCCCCCAAAAUCCUACCCAACUCAACUCUGCCUUCUCAGCUCCAGAUGCAUUUAAAUUUCAUCUUUGAAGUUCAAGCCCUGACUCCUCCUGGCCCACCCUUAUAUCCAUUCACUCGAAAUGGAAAGGACUUAGCACUUCCCCUCCCCCACGCUUUCCAGCUCCCUGCGAUCAGCACGUGGGUGCUCCGGCAGGGUAGAACGGUUGCGAAGGCUUUGCUUAAUUGCAUUUUUUCCAACCCUCAAAGAACUCUUGUUUUGAGUCUUUGUAUAUGAAGCAUAAAGCAGCAGGUCUGAUCCGAGGCUUAAGAACCUGACAAUAUCUCUUUAAAUAGAAGCUCCGCGAGGGGGAUAAUUGACUGAAGUGUUUGCGACGUUAAACGGCAGCGCGCGGGAGUCGGGAGCCCACACGAGCCGCAGGUCCGGGUUUAAAUUACAUCAAACUCGGGGGAGAGCUGGAAGGAGCCUGUUAAACGUCUCCUGCUUCUCGCUGGGCUGUUAAUGGAGGGCAGGGCCGAUGAUGGAUGGUAGAAGUCGAGACCAAGGACCCCUGCCUUUGCCCCACCGCGUGGGAUGCAGGCCCCGCGCAGCUUCCAGCUUUUAUUACUGGGCAGAUUAGCUUCUCCAAGGCCGCGCGAGCCCAUACACUGGACGUGAUUCCCGGUGCCCCCUGGUGGCAGAUCUGUCUCGCUGCGUCCUGGCUCGGGGCUCAGCCUUCUGAUUUUAUUUGGGAUCAUCACCGCUGUGUACUUUUCCCUCGGUGGGCAUUCACCCGUGGAAUCCUCUUCCUCUUGUAGAAAUUAAAUCCGGAUACUUGAAGUCACUUCACUGGGACAACGGGGAAAAAACUCACACUGUAGCAUGCGCCAGACCCUUCACUAAGACCCCCAAGUUAAUCCUCCAAGUUAAGGCUUCCAGUCUUAAGAGCUCCUGUUCUCUUCCCCCCAAAACUGGAGCUACCGACCUUUCCCUUAUGGUUUCUGAAUCUUGGGACAUGCCAAUUAUGCACUGUUUUCCUAUGAUAUGCCUCUUCUCAGUCCUCUUGUCUGGGUGGUGAGUGAACAAAUCAGAGUGUCCAAAAAGCCUGAGUGAGUGAGUCAUGGGGGAUAAUUGGACACCCAAGUGCAAACUGCUUCUUUGUGGAUCUUUGCUUGCUCAACUUAUGCCCUUUUCAACUGUGUUAAUUAAUGAAGCUUUCAGUGGUGUGAGAUUACAAGUAUUUUGACUUAAAAACAGCAAGAGGCCUGGGUCACACAUUGUAUCAGAGGUACUAUCAUCUUUUCAGUGCCACUGACUGAGUUUCUGGGUGAAUGUCACCUCAGGCCCUCUUUAUUGGGUAAACAGCCAUGAGGGUUUCACUCUAUGGAGUGGCCAAGAGCUUAGUGGUGAAAGUGAUGUUUCUAAAUAGCCACAGCAGAUCCUCCCUGUCUGAACUGUGUCUGCCUGCCUUGCUGUCCUUGCAAACUCCUUUCCAGGUCCGUCUCUGUGCAGAAUUUCCAUGUCUCACUACACUUAGCCCCUUCAACGUCCUCUCAUUGUCAGCCUGGAACCAUUGAGGUUGGGGUCCUCUCUAGCUCACUCCACUGUAGAAGAGACUUUGCUAGGUAUUUUGCUUUUCCUGUUCUUGUUGCUUUCAUCUUUGUGAAGAGUCACCCAGGCCACUAGAAUUCAGUACUGAUCUGUGUGGGAGACUAAAGGACGUUUGCACACCUUUCUGGAGUGAUACUAUGUGGCAAAAAGACUAGUGGAAUUCAAAAGAAUAGUUAAUAAACCCAGUGUUAUUCCAUUGUGAAA